GGCCUGUGCCCCAGAGUUCAGCAUCCUGGCUGCCCCUGCCUGCCUCACUCCCGCCUCCUCUCCCACCCCCAGGACUUGGCGACUCCCCUGGCCUUUGCCCACAACCCGUCCCGGGUGUGGGAGUUCUACCACUACCGGCGCGAGGUCAUGGGGAGCAAGGAGCCCAACGCCGGGCACCGCGCCAUAGCCGAAUGUGAGACCCGGCUGGGUAAGCAGGGCCGGCGAGUCGUGGUCAUCACCCAGAACAUCGAUGAGCUGCACCGCAAGGCUGGCACCAAGAACCUUCUGGAGAUCCAUGGUAGCUUAUUUAAAACUCGAUGUACCUCUUGUGGCAUUGUGGCUGAGAAUUACAAGAGUCCAAUUUGUCCAGCUUUAUCAGGAAAAGGUGCUCCAGAACCUGGGACUCAAGAUGCCAGCAUCCCAGUUGAGAAACUUCCCCGGUGUGAAGAAGCAGGCUGCGGAGGCUUGCUGCGCCCUCACGUCGUGUGGUUCGGAGAAAACCUGGAUCCUGCCAUUCUGGAGGAGGUCGACAAAGAGCUCGCCCACUGUGAUUUAUGUCUAGUGGUGGGCACUUCCUCUGUGGUGUACCCAGCAGCCAUGUUUGCCCCACAAGUGGCUGCCAGGGGCGUGCCAGUGGCUGAAUUUAAUACGGAGAGCACCCCAGCUACGAACAGAUUCAGGUACUGGGAUACCCUGAUGGGAGAGGGCGAUGUGGGAGGCAGGUACAGACAUGGUCAUCUAAACAUAGUUGACCUACUCCUCUAAUUUUUAAAAAAGACACAGGGUUUGUGUUUUUCUGUUUGAUCUGCAGUUGCUUUUAUGGAAGAACAAAAUCAUUCACUGUAGACUAAGGUAGGGUAGCUCUGUCAUUGUACAUGACAUCUGCUGUGGGACUUUUGUUUGUUCACAUUUUGAAAGCUCUUCUUUGAUUCCUUAGGCUUUGCUUUCCCUUACAUUUUUAAGCUAGACUUAGCGAUGGCCUUUAGUUGUAGGUUACCCAGAUGCUCUGCAAGUCAGCCUGGGAGACGCCCUUGCAGAACCUCAUCACCUGCCGUUCUCACUGAGAGGCCACCUGACAGAUUCCCCUUUGGUCUAAUCGCCAAGGUUAUCUGUAUCUGUGGCCAUAUUUUGAUACUGAUCCUGCUUCUCAAGUUUGGGUGGGAAGUAUAGAUUGUCAUAGUAUGCAUUUUUAGUCUUAUUCCUGGGUCUGUUUUAUGUCUUCACCCUUCUGUCUUUUUUCUCACUCCAACCUUUUUUUUGCCUUUACUUCUUAUUCUUGUCCAUCUAGUUAAUUCCUUUUGAAUAAGUUAGAAUAUAAAUAAGUAGUAAAUGAAUAUAAAUGAAUAAAAUAGAAAACGUCAUUGAAACAUCUUGUCGUUACUUUAAUCAGCAGUUUCCAACCUUGGCUGCAUAUUUUAAAAAUGCUGAUGCCUGGGGGCCACUUCAUGAAAUUUCAGUGUCAUUGCUCUGAGUUGCAGCCCAGACAUCAUCAUUUUGAUAAGCUUCCUAGGUGAUUCCAGUGUGCAGCCAGGAUAGGAACCUCUCUUCAAGUCUUUGCUGGGAUUUUUUAAAAAAAGGAAAAAA